CAUAAACCCGCUACCAUUACUGCCAGCGAGCUAACAACAUACCCUUCAAAACCAGCAUUUAAUAAACUGCACAGGGUUUACGGCGUUGGGUUGUUAUGGCAACGAAGUAGUACAAUUUUAUAUAACUACACAGAAAAGGUGUUUAUGGAGGGGCUGCUGGGAGGUGUUUGGGAAGGACACUAUGUUUCCGUGUGUCGCCACCUGGCCCUCUUCUGAUGCCCCUGCCACUCUUAGCCAUGCCCCACCUAUUCCCUCGAUACAGCCACCCAAUCAGCCACUGCCUGACCUGCUACGGAGCUGUGCCAUGCUCCCUUCCCCAGCCACGUGCUUAAGCCCUUGCUCCAACAAGAUGGAAUCCAUGAUUGUGGUGACGGAGUACGAGCCCAGUGGUGGCUCCAGGCAGGAGAGCGGAGAGGAGGAGGAGGUUGAGGACAUGGACAGCUCAGAAACGCCGGAGCCGAGGUCAUCAGGUCCGGUACCACCCUUCCGUAUGGCAUCUUGUGAUCUUUUAUCCCACACCAUGGGACGUCCAGAAGCGCUCUUCCCAGAACCGCAGGAGCACAGGGGAAGGCUCAGCCUCUCCGACCGGAAGCUCUCCCUACAGGAACGCUCGCAGACGCUUUCGUCACCCUGUGGUUCGCCGGGGCUGAACGGACGCUAUAUCUACCCAUCAUUACCAUACUCACCGAUUACCUCCCCCCACUCAUCUCCACGACUCCCUCGAAGACCCACAGUGGAGUCUCAUCGGGUCUCCAUCACAGACCUGCAGGACUGCGUGCAGCUCAACCAGUACAAGCUGAAAGAUGAGAUCGGAAAGGGUUCCUAUGGAGUUGUCAAGCUGGCGUACAAUGAAGACGACAACACAUACUAUGCCAUGAAAGUGCUGUCCAAGAAGCGACUGAUGAGGCAGGCUGGGUUCCCUCGCAGACCUCCUCCUCGUGGGGCAAAAUUGGCCCCUGAGGGCCCCCCUCAGCCCAAAGGGCCUUUAGAGCGUGUUUACCAGGAGAUAGCCAUCCUCAAGAAGCUCGAUCACCCUAAUGUGGUCAAGCUUGUGGAGGUGCUGGAUGAUCCUAGUGAGGACCAUCUGUACAUGGUAUUCGAACUUGUCAAACGAGGAGCAGUGAUGGAAGUUCCUACUGAUAAGCCCCUGGAUGAGAACCAAGCACGCUUCUACUUCCAGGACUUGCUGAGAGGAAUCGAAUAUUUACAUUACCAGAGAAUCAUCCAUCGGGACAUUAAGCCUUCCAAUCUGCUCGUGGGAGAAGACGGACACAUUAAGAUUGCUGACUUUGGGGUCAGUAACCAGUUUGAGGGAGCGGAUGCCCUCCUGACCAGCACAGUGGGGACGCCAGCGUUUCUUGCCCCAGAGACCCUCUCAGAGACUCGCAAGAACUUCUCUGGCAAGGCUCUGGAUGUGUGGGCAAUGGGAGUCACCUUGUACUGUUUCAUUUUCGGAGUGUGUCCGUUUAUGGAUGAGCGUAUUUUGAGUCUUCAUCAAAAGAUCAAGACACAGCCAGUGGAGCUUCCAGAGAAUGCGGACAUAUCAGAUGACUUGAAGGACCUUCUUUUUCAAAUGUUGAACAAGAACCCUGAAUCCAGAAUUACCGUGCCACAAAUCAAGGUGCACCCAUGGGUGACACGGCACGGCGCCGAGCCCCUCCCUCCUGAGGACGAUAACUGCUGCAGCUUGAUCGAAGUGACUGAAGAGGAGGUGGAAAACUCAGUCAAGCACAUCCCCAGCCUUGCCACAGUGAUCUUGGUAAGGACUAUGUUGCGGAAGCGUUCUUUUGGAAACCCGUUUGAUUGGGGACGCAGGGAAGACAGGAGUCCCGCCACACCAGGACACGUGCUUUUAAAAGUGAGAGCAGGGAGUUUGAAAUACUGCCACAAUCUCAGUACCCAAAGGAAAAAAUGCUGUCAGAUUUGGAAACAAGAGAGCGAGGAAGGCAUGCGGAGCAUGGACCUGCCCUUCGUGGGCGAGGAUGAAGUUCUUUCCUGAUACUUGUUGUGGGUGUCUUGCUCGCAAUUCUGCGAUGGCGAGUGGUUGUUGCUCGGGAAAUGCACCAGGAUGGGGCUUGGUAUGGCUUCCGGAAGGCCAGGAUAUGGACCUGGGGUUGGGGCUUGGACACAAUGAAGAAGCCCUGCUUUUUUUCUGGGUUGUUGAUGUGGAGGGUGCCCACCCACUCCAUGCAUGUAUUUGUACAGUCCACAGCAGCAUGCACUGUAUCUGUCCGCCCAGGUCUCUGCUGUCUCUCAGGACCUGUUUUGUGUGAGUGUGUGUGUGUGUGUGUGUGUGUGUGUGUGUGUGUGUGUGUGCAUGUGAGUGUGUUUCUACUUCUCUCCUGCAUGGAGACUCUGCUUUACUUCUCUACUUCAGCUAGGGGGUGCCACUGCAGUGGACCGAAGGCCACAGACAAUAACAUAUACAUUUUUUAAAGAUUUCUUAGGUUUCUCCUUCACUCAUUAAUAAGAGAGACUGGGUACUUAAUAGCGGUUUCCACAGACACUUCCAGGUAUCCAUAUUGAAUUUGAAAAGUAAUAAAAAUGUUAAAGCAGUCAGACCUUUAUCAAUAUUGCUCUACAAAGCUAAACUCACUAACUACGGCAACACUGAAACCUAGAUAAAUGGCUGCAAAGUUUUUCAAUUGUCCAGCCAAAUGUGUAUUUUAAAAUAGUCUCACUCCGUUUUUUCUUAAUCUGAAUCAUUUUGAACCUUAGUGUGGGAAACUGGAUGUUUCUUUACCGGGGUGGGGGCGUGAGAAGUUUCCAGGGCGGGGCACUAGGAAAAUCCCUGAUACCCGGUCAUGCUAAGACACUAGAUUUCGGUAUAACUUUUUGAUUGAACGUGUAGUGUGUAUUGUGUUCUGUAUUUUGCUUUUGCAGUGCAUGGUAAUACAUUUUAAGGUUUGUUAAAAAAUGAAUUACAUAUAAAAUAGGUCAAACUUGCAAUCAGGAAAUGUCAUAUAUAGUAAAGGGACAAUUCAGGAUGAUAUUUAGGGAUAUGUUUGUGUUUGUUUUCUAAUGUCUGCACUGUAGAUAGUGGACAGGACCAAACCUCGAAACUAUCUAAAGUAGUCUUUUUUUAAUACUGCACAGCCCAAAUCCAAGAGAUAUGGGAAUUAUAGUCAUAACAUGUUUUUAUAUUUUGGAAUAGUAGGUUAAUUAAGGCACAACUAACCCUUAGGGAAUUCCAGAAAUAGGCAUUGUGUCAGUUUAUCUCCUUGUAUGUAACGUGACCCUUUUAAUCAUGAAAGUGACUUUUACUGUAAUUUCACGUCCUCUCCUAGUAGAAUAACCAGAAUGCCAUGUAGUGGUGCAUUUCAAACCUGGUCAUGAGCAGAGUGAAUUAGUUAUUUGCAUUUAUUAACAUUUCUAUAUCAGAUGCAUACUGUUUAAGUUAUUGAGGGAAUACAAUUAAUUAAUGCAAUCUAUGCAUGACUUUUCACUUAAGGAAUCAAUGUUUGUUAAUUAGUCUGUUUUGACACAAAUGUAUGCCUUACAUUUUUGUAGCAUAGAUCAUCAGUACAUGUAUAGAGUUUUUCGGUAUGAUAGAAUUGGAGAUGAACUUAGAUAUGCUGCUCUAGACCGUGUAGAAAUUAAGGUAGUAACUUGCUUAAUCUCAGUUUUCAAGUUAGCAAAAUAGUCCAAAGCCUUGUUGAGAUUUUCUCAAUGUGCACUACAGUCAUGUAACAUGUUUUUUAUAGAAUUGUUUGUUUGCUGUUGGUGUACUUCAAAAAACAAAAUGAGUGAUGGUGCUUUUCCACCACUGGAUUCUCUUUUUGACACAUAACAUUUACAAAUUAGAUGCUUCCAUGUAUCAGGGGAGUCCUUCUGCACAAGUAGGUUGAAUGUAUGUUGAUGGUUUACUGUGUAACUACAGUCAAGUCUUUACUUAUGUUUUUAUCUACUGCUUUCUUUUUUCUGCAUGUUAAACUCUGAUGUAUUUUACAGUACAUUUGUGUGUUUUGUUACUUUUUUUUUUAGUUUUAUUUAAAAAAAAUUGUGUGGGUACUAUUACUAUGCAUAAGAAAUCUCCCUUUGUGGUGCAGUUCUGGACUGUGUCAGUCAGUAGGUCCCUUGUGUUUGUUCUCUUGGAUGUUGAUGAUUGAAAAUCAAAGGAAACUUGUUUUAUUGACUUAAAUAUGCAUGAUAAACUGAAGUUGGUUACACAAUAUCAAUAAAUGUAAGUGGAGAUUUUAACGAUUUGCUGAGAAGAUUUUGAUGACCUUUCACUAAUAUAUUCUGGGGAAGUAAAUCUUUAUUGAGAUUAAUAGAAAAAAUGAAAAUAUAUGGAGAAUUAUCUUGGGAGCAAAAUUUAACUGAUGGUGUUUCCAUGUAAAGAAUGUUUCUUGAAACCUUUAAAUGCAGGAUGAGGCCUCAUGACCAUGUCUUCUUCUUUUGUUAACAAAUCAUAAUGAAGAGCAAAAUUCACCUGCUGAAAACAAAGCAAGCAUUUUUCUGUUUUCCAUGCAACGACUUUCUCAAGGACUGACCUUACACGGGUUGAAUAGAUUGACUGCUGAGGUGUACAGUGAAGGGAAUGCUGUACUGUAUAUUUAUAAUCUCUAAAUAACUUUCUCCACUGUAUCUGCCCAGAUAUUCUUGAAGGGCUAGGAUAAAUGUUUGCAUCCAUAUCACACAAACAAUAGCGUUUUGAGCACUGUUGAGAGGGCUGUGUACAGAGAUGUUAUGCAGAUGCAUGCCAUCACUAUCACUCGAUAUGCAGCAUGUUUGUUUCUUAAGCAUGUUUGAGCUCUUUACAGCAUCGUCUGAUAUCAUUGCUGAUCAUUCUAUAUAUUGUAUCCAGUUGAUUAUUUGAAUAAAUUAAAG